CAUGCGCAUCGAUGACCUGGGGGGGAAUGAGGACAGGGGUUAGUCUAAUUUUAGCCGAGCAGUGGGGUUUGACCACCAAACGAAAUCCACCGCCAAAUGUUGUCUGCUAGCUAGCAGGCCACCGCCAUACGAUAAAGCAGGUGCUUCGCAACACUGCUGGCGUUGCUGCAGCCUGUACCGGUUAUCCUUUGUCUUUAUUUAACUGCUUUUUUUGGAAUAGACCGUUCCACGGUAAUGGCAGUGAAAAUGUACGCAUAUGGCGUUCUUCUGUUAUUGUGUUUUCUGUCGCAAAUGAAACAGGUGGCAUCAGACAAGAUGCCAACAUGCCAGUCGAGUGACUUCCAUUAUGAAUACACAGAAUGUGACAGUGAGGGUGGGCGAUGGCGAGUAUCUGUGCCUAAACCAGGUACAUGCGAAGGCGGAGCGCCAAAUCCACCUGUCAGAGGCAAAGACUGCAGCUUCACUUGCAGUUCAGGACAAUUUUUGGACUUGAAUGAUAAUCAAGAGUGUCGCCCAUGCCCUGCAGGAACUUACUCACUGGGUGGGGGGGUUAGGUUUGAUGACUGGGACAAAUUGCCAGAUGGAUUUUCAGUCAGUACUGAAGGACUGGAUAAUACUAUGUUGUGGCACAAGAGUGCUAAGGAUUCUGAAGUGAACUGUACAAAAUACAGUUGGCGAUCUCACGGAGCAUACAUUUACUCCUUGCCAGGUUCCUGUACAGCAACUCUGACUUUCUCCACCAAGCUGGUUAAAGCUGGUCAUGUAACUUUUGAGUACCAGUAUGUGGAUCCAGAGACCAUCUUUCAUUUUAUAGUGCAAAAUGACCAGUGUCAGGCAUCAGAGGAUGAGAACAGCAGCAGAUGGCCAGAGGCUACAGAAGAAGGAAAGUGGAGCUCUGUGACGGUUGACCUGAAGACUGGUAUGAAUGUGCUUCAGUGGCGUGUUAUUGGCGCACUGUCUGACAUGGUGGGUGCGCAGAAACCAGUCUUUAUCCGCAAGAUUGAAGUCACAGGGGUAGCAUUUACUUCUCAAUGCACAAAGUGUCGGAAUGGGACAUACAGCAGUGGCGGCACUGCAUUCUGUGCACCUUGUGAUGCCAACAAAUAUUCAGCACAUGGAGCAACCCAGUGUGAACCUUGCAAAGCCAACGAAUACUCAGAGAUUGGUUCAGCUUUCUGCAAACCUCGACCACCUUGUACCCAGUAUGACUACUAUGAGUUCCAGACACCUUGUGAUGCUAAGAAGCAGACUCAGAAGAUGUACAAAUGGAUUGAGCCCAAGAUUUGCAAUGAAAAUGCCCCUGGAUCAGUCAGUCUUCCUGCCAACACCAGCCAGCCCUGCCCACCAUGCAACCCUGGCAUGCACCCUGUGAAUAACUCUUGUGAGUUCUGUCCAGAGGGCCAGUACUCUGAUGGAGCACUAGAGUGCAGGCCAUGUCCAGCCUCCACCUCCCCUGAGUAUGGCAUUGACUACAAGUGGUGGACGACCCUGCCACCCAAUGUCACUAGUCACUGCAUUGCACUUGGAAUGAAUAAGUGCUCUGAGAGUGCAGGCUGGCAGCCAGCUGGUGAUCAUAUCAAAACAAAUUUUGGACCCAACGAUCGCAAUGUGUUUCUCGUGAUGUCCGCAUAUGUUGCUGGGUUCAGAGGAGAGCCAUCCACUGCUGAAGGAAAACCAACAGUGCUAGCUGAUGUCCGAUUCACCUUUGAGGUCAACUGCAGCGCAGACUGUGAACUGCUGUUUGUAACAGAUAGCUCUGGUAAGAAUACAAUUGUCCAGAGCUGGGUUGGCACUGUCCACCGCCAGGAAUAUGUGUACAAAAUCCACUCCAAUGAUCCAGUGACCUUAAGCUGGGCUUUUCAGCCCAUUUCGUAUGAGGAUGUCAUGGAGUCUUCCCCAGCAGCUGAGUGAAGCCCCUCAUUCCAAAAAACCAAGUCCAUAAACAGUCUGGACAGUGUGGCCAAGAUCCAUGCCCUCAAGAUCACCAAUACGCUGGGAGGUGGAGCCACUCACUGCCAACCAUGCCCAAAGGGCAGGUCCAUUCACGGUUGUGUGCCAUGCCCAGAUGGCCAAUAUGUUGAUCCUGACACCAACCUCUGCAAAGAAUGCCCUGCAGAUACUGUACUACCCAGCAGCAACUCUUGGGGCAAGGAAUCCUGCAAGGCAUGUGGAGAUGGCCUGAAGGCUGUCAACAAGAGAGUGUGCAAGUCUGACUGCCACUUCACUGACAAAGCUGGUCGUCAUUAUGACUUCACUCCUCUGGAUGGUGUUCAGUAUGUUCAGGGUGGCCGUCUUUUCACCGCCAGUGGGACCUUGUACUAUCAUGGUUUCAACAUUACUCUGUGCAAUGUGAAAAAUGACAAACUCCCUACAUGUCUCAACAAUGUUACAUCAGACCCACAGAAAAAUAGUUCAACAGAGGAGUCUGAAUUGAUAAAUCGACAUAGUAUGCUGAACUUGCCUGGAAAAGUGUCUGCAAUGAUCUGUCGAGCUACCAUGAUUCCUCAGACUGAUCCCAAGAAACCACUUGUCUCAACCCAGCCUGUAAGCCUUGCCACACACCUUACUAAAAUUGUCUCCAAUGUGUCCCUGGCAGAAAUGUAUAAACUUGAGGGGUUCAAUGCAGAAGUAACGGAUCUGGAUGUGCAUUUUUACUACAAAUCUGAAAUCCCCACCAUGGCUUGCCCUGAAGGACGAACAACUAUUAUAAGUCUGAGCUGCGACCCUGAUGAGAAGGCCAACAACUCCAUCCAGUUGCCUCCAAAAUGUGCUGAUGGCACAUGUGAUGGUUGUACUUUCCACUUCCUCUGGAAGACCGUGCAUGCCUGUCCACGGUGUACACGCAAUGACUAUGAAGUUGUUCGUGGAGAAUGUGUUGGUGGAGAACAGUACAUCCAUUAUUAUCCACCAUCGUUCUGCAUGCCUGCCAGUGAUGACGACUUGAAACCCAUGAAACAAAAAUGCCAGAUGAUCCCUUUUGCAAUCAUGGUGGCCAUUCCUGUUACUCUGGGUGUUGGGUUGAUCCUUAUUUUGCUUCUUAUCUACUGCUGGUCUCGAAACAAGAAACUUGAGUACAAAUACUCAAAACUGGUUGAGUCUUCGGGAGGGCGCGAUGGAGAGUUGCCUGGAGUUGAAUCAUGUGGCAUGGAGGAGGGUGAAGAGGAAGAGUCUGUGCAUUUUGCAGACAGCAAGGGCCCUCGUCUUCUGCAGAAAAUACGACUCAAGAUCAGUGGCAUCAAAAACAAGUUUACAAUGGAGCCGCUGUCUGACGAGGACAACCCAUUCAUUGCUGUUCAGAUGCAUGAAAAACUACCCUUGACAUAAAAUUACACAGUCUAUUUUGCACUUCAUUUGUUAAGGAAGUGGAAGUUUAAUUCAUUUUUUACCUGUAACUUGCCAUCUGCAGUUAUCAGAACCAUCUUUAUUUCUGAGUUGGUUUUUUUUUUUUUUGAGAUAACAAGUACCGUGGUUUUUAAGCUUUACCUUUUGUUAUGAAUACUUCUGUUUCGUUAAGAAAAUAUGUGACUUGGACGCCAGUCUUGUGGUUGGCACAAUCCUUGAAAGCAAAACCUUUUUAACACAUUUUGACUUCAUAUUUUCAAUAUUUUGUGCUUUUCAACAUAUUUGAUUUUGUUUUCUUGAAUCACUCUUACUGCCUUCCUCACUGCCUGAGUGUGAUUUUUUUAUGUUGUGUUUUUUAGAUUAUUGAUCUGAAAGUUUUUAAGACAUUCCUCUUUCUGUAAUCAUUUUGGUUGUGUAUAAUAUCAGUGAUGGCAGUCACAUUUCUGGCUGCUGAUACAGAAAAGAUUUUGAGAUAGGAAUUAAGACUGUGGUGAACAUCCUUGCAGUUUAUCUUUACUCAGCCAGUGUAGCUUUUGAAGCAAAACCAAAGGAAGCACAAACCUAAUGAUGAAAUAUUAAUACAUUUACAAAGAAUAGCAUUUUUUCGCUAUUAAAGGGAUUUUUUUAAGUACAUAUGAAACACUGAAAAUAUUAUCCUUGGCAAAGUACCACCAACAUUGAUGAGCAAUAAUUGGUAGUCUUUGUCUUGAUUUGUUUGAUUUUGUUUUAUUGUUGCAUUGCACAAAGGCUUACUCAAUCUAUUCUUGCAGUAUUUAAAAGAUUUUUGAAAGAAUUUUUUUAUUGGAACCUAUUACUCCAUAAGUAUUUCUGAUGUAGAUUUCCUGAAAAGAAUUGUAUGUAGCCAUGUUGUCAUGGUUAACUUGAUUUUUGUAGACAUAAUGAUUGAUCUAUGGCUAAUAGACUGCAGUGCAGGCCAUCAAGCAGGUUUCUUCUUCAGAAAGCUAGCUUUCCUUUGUACAUGUGGAGAUCUUAUUAUGAGCUGCCUUUGUGUAGAUGAAAACUGUCUUGUCUGCCCUAAUCCUGCAUGACUUCAAGGGAAGAACGACAGUUGUGUGAAGGUGAGAUGUGGUUUGUGAAGUGCUAGGGUAGAAAUCCUGUUGUGUGGCUGUCUCUUUUAUCAUCCCAGCUGCAUGCUGGGUGUCCUGAAGGAUUGUGUGAAAGACCAAACAUUGCCCUUUCAAGUUGAUCUGAUGAAUAUUUAUGUCUCUUUCUUUUAUCUGAUUCCUUACAAAGAUUAUUUUAAAGUAUGUUCAUAUUGAAAGGCAACUGGUAUCUUGUGCUGAUGUUGAAACAGUACUUGUCCAUUAUAGAAUUAUUGUUGGAGGUAUUGUUCAAGUAAAGGACCCAUUAUCCUGUGUGCUGUGAGUGUCCAGUAAGCUUCACUGAUCUUGUGAAAAGUGAGGUGAACUUCUCCUAAGACAAGGUCAUGUGUGCAAUAUUUUUCUAAAUACAAUUGUGUUCUGGUAAUGCAUGUACAUCUUUUUUAAUUUUUUGUUUACACUCCAUAAUUCCUUGCAGAAAUUCCUUCUUGUUACAUUUUUUUUCAAAGAAAAUCAGCUGCUGCCUACUCAACGUUGUGUUGCUUUGUUAUUUUUUAAACUUUUUUGUUUCUUAAAGACAUACUGCAGUUUGCUCAGAAACAUUAGUAAAUGUGACCUCUUGUUUAAUUUUUUUUUAACUGAUGUAGGGGGGAUUGCCUUAUAUUGUGUUGGGUUGUUGUUUGUUUUUUUUUUGUCAGAGGAGGGGGUUGGCCUUUUUUGUGGGGGGUGGAGAAAGAGUGAUUUAUUAUAUGGAAGUGAAUCCACAAAUUAAGAAUUGUAAUGUAUUCUUGCUGUCUGCCAAGCAGAUAAAUUACAUGACGUAUUUAACUGUGAAGUCUUUAAAUUGCUUUUCUUCUACACAGGAGUAAUGUAUGUUUACAAUGUUAAGUAUAUACAGUUUUGUUUACUGGAUCAUAUGGUCUGAUUUUGGUCCGAUAUUUUGUUCCAGCUGAUGCUCAUUCCACUUAUACACGCUCAGAAUUUUGUGUUUAUUUUAUGUUGAACCUCAUGCUACACUGUGAGCAAUUGUAGAUAUUUUUGAAGCAUAAUUAUAUACAUUCCUUUGCAGAUGGGAAGUAAGACUUUUAUUCUAAAUGAGCUUUUCGGUUCCAGAGAGUUUAUUUAUUUGUUUUCCUUUAGCUUAAAUUUGAUAUAAUUUUAAUGGUCCGAGAUGUCACAUUAUGCUUUAUUUAGAAGUUAUGUUUCUGUUUUAGACUGCUGACAAUGAAGGUCAGAUAAUAUCAGAAACAUCACCUCAUUUGAUCUUUAUCCACCCAUUCUUUGUUUUAUUCUUCUGUGGGAAGGGAAUUGUGUAGGAAACUACAUUCCUAUUAUUGUUUUGAAAUUUAUGUGAGCGUUAAAGUGAAUUCUUUUACUGGUUUUUUAACAAAAAAAACUUUUGACUGUUGUUUUCUAAUAAAUCAUAUAUAUAUAUACAUCUUUCA